AUGCUGUACCGAUCGAAUCUGAAGCAUCAAGUCCCGAACGACACCGCCAUCGACACACGCAUUCGCACUCUCGUGGCUACGAAGCGGAAGACGAUACGGACUCAACCCCUGACGAACAACGUCGAGGAAGUCGAGAACAUUCAUCUCGAUCGCUUCAUCCAGACUCAGCCGAGACCGGAGACAGGCGGCGGCAUCACCGGCGUCGUCGUUCUCAUGAACCAAGCUCGUCUCGCGGAGAACCUAGCUCCGGUUCCGGUGGCCCAGAACUCGAGCGUGUGA